UAUCGGUAACAAAAUAGCAUUAUUAUAAUAUACGUGUUAUUCUUCGAAAACUCACUAAGAAACCAAGUACUGUACAGCAUUUUAAAACCUUUUAUUUUUGUUCCGUUCGAUUCAAGACUUUAAAGAAGAAACAAUGAACGCCAAGUACAUACUAUCGUUAUGUUUCGUAAUGAAUUACUUAGUAAUUCUAAGUGUUGCGAACCCAGAGAAAGAGAUUAUGCAAACCGUUUUCAAUGAAUUAUUAGAGUAUUUAGAUUUUCCUAAUACUAAUACAGUUUUUGUGAAUGACAUAAACACGCUUUUGCACGAUGGAGGUGAAACUAUAAAAACUAAUUAUUCUGCCGAUGAAAUUGCACAAAUGAAUAACGACGGCAUAGAUGUAAACAAAUUUGAAGAAAUCACCAAGAAAGCUUACAAAACAGACUAUGUAAAAUCCAUGAAUGAACGGUUUUUGUUUAUAAAAGCCCAAAACAAACCAAUUAAGCAAACUCCAAGAUUGUAAAAGAAAUCGUUUUUUUGUUUUUGAAAUAAAAACUAUAUUUUAUGAAA